AUGUGGUCCUCAAAUUUAGAUACUAGUGCAUCCUUUGAAGGUGGAUUUUUGAACAAUAGUCGUAAAGGAGGACAAGAUGAUGUUAAAUUGAGAAGAGUACAAACUCUUAUUCCUGUUAUGAUAAAACAUUUACUUUCUGCAUCUUCCACUGAGGAAACAAAAUUUUGGAAUAUCCCUGCACGUAUGUUUAUAAUUCUUGGACUAGUACGUAAUGUUGAAGAAACUGCAACUAAAAUAUCAUAUGACGUUGAAGAUCAAACAGGUACUAUUACUGCACUUAAGUGGUUAGAAGCAGAGAGAAAACCAUCAGACCAUACUGUACAAAUAAAUACAUAUAUUCGCAUAAUUGGUUUACUUAGAGAACAAAAUGAUAAGCGACACAUUUUAAUUUUACGAAUGUUUCCAAUGCAAGACUUGAAUGAAUUAACAAACCAUAUACUUGAAGUUACUUAUACUGCAUUGAAAGCUGAAGCAAUGGCAAAAACAAAUAAAGAAUUAGAAAAUAAUCCAAAUGUCAAGGUACAUGAAGUACCAAAUGAAGAUUCUCCAUAUUAUGGAAUGACAGGAGAUCAAACUCUAGUUUAUAAGAUUAUUCAUGCUGAAAAUGAUAGUGAAUCUGGUAUUGAAAGAUCUGGCAUUAAAGCACAAGUACCAAAAAGAAUUUUGUCAGAAAUAGACAAUAUCUUGGAUUUUCUUGUUUCUGAAGGUCACAUAUAUACAACAAGCACAGAUAAUCAUUUUAAGACAACUUAG